AUGAGAUUGCAAAGUCUGCUGUCGCAGGCAGCCCUGCUACUCUCUAUCCUCCCUUCAGCUUCUGUAGCUGCAUCAUGGACCUUCACAGAAGGCUCCAUCACCGUCGCUCCCAAGGGUGCAGGCGUUGGAGGAGGCCUCAAGGAGCAGUACGUCCGUCCAGCUACACUCCCGCCCACGUCAAGGAGUAAAUUCUUUCGAGACGACCACCUGACCAUGUUUGAACCCUAUAGGCUUGUCCCAUCGAAAGCGUUGUCGAAGCCAGUGAAGCUGGGUCCCGCGGACACUCUCAAAGUCAUCCUGACGACACAGGACGGCAAGACGACCAAACGCCCUCACCAGGCAUUCCUCCUAUUGCAAGACUCGUCGAAGAAACUGGACAUUUCAUAUCCUUUCAGCAUUAAAGCAUCAGGAAAGGCAAAGGUCGAACUGACGCAGAAAGACUUACCGCCUCAAUUUCUGCGCUCCUCUUCCCCGCUUUCAGCAAGCAUUGUUAUUGCCUCAUUCGGAUCGUCGGAAGGAUACAGCAGCGAAGCAUUCCCUCUGGCCCUAGAGCUGGACCCGAACGUGCCCGUCCCCGUGUCCGUCAAAGGCGUCCGGUAUGGCAAACUGCCGGAGAUCCAUCACAUUUUCCGCGCCGACCCCAAGAGCCCGAGCAUAGGCAUUAGUAGCCUUUUUCUGCUUUUUAUCAUUGCCACCUUUUCGCCAUUGAUUGGAACCUGGGGGUAUCUGGGCGGCAACAUCGACCAUCUCUCCAAGGCUCUCUCAGAUGCCCCUCUCGCACAUGCGCUGUUUGUCGGGUCCAUCUUUGGCAUUGAGGCCGUUUUGUUGCUUUACUACAUUACGUGGAACCUGUUUCAGACCUUACCUGUACUUUUGGCUCUGGGGGUGGUUGCGUUCUUGUCGGGAAGCAGAGCCCUUACAGAGGUACAAGAGCGUCGUCUUGCAGGCAUCCGUUGA